AUGUUGUGUGCAGAUGAUGCGUUUGAACCAGACACUGAAUCACUUCAACUUCCAGAAUCAGCUCUAUUAAAUAUAGAUUCGUUAAGAAGAAAUAGCACUCGCGAAGCAUUUCAAGUACGGGACUAUUUUAAAGAAUAUUUUAAUUCAAAUGUUGGUAGUGUAGUUUGGCAAAUUGAGAGUGUUCGUAAGGGAAAAAAACAAACUUAA